AUGCUAGUGCCUAUGGAAACAAAUAUGGAUUUGCUGCAGCAUCAAGCGCCGCAAAUAGUAACGCUGGUAUUGGUGGCCCCAGAGUUGUUUCUGGAACACAAGGAUCAGCAAUUGGUGCCUCAAGUGCAGCAAAUAGUAACGCUGGCGUUGGUGGCAUCAGAGGCGUUCCUGGAACACAAGGAUCAACAACUGGAGGAUCAGCCGCAGCAGCCGCAGCAGCUGCAGCAGGUACUGACGCUAUCACCUAUGAAAACAGGUAUGGACCAGGUGGCAGCUUCUACGGGCCUUACGGCAGUCAACAACCAAAUAUUGAUUUUGUAUAUGAAGGAAGUUCUGAAUCGGCAUCAUCCGCCUCAUCAUCAGCCACAUCGACCGCAAAUCAAAGGAUUUCUGAAACACAAGGAUCAGCAGCCGCAGAAUCAAGCACCGCAAAUAGUAACGCUGGUGCUGGUGGCCCCAGUGGCACUUCUGGAACACAAGGAUCUGCAACUGGAGAAUCAGCUGCAGCAGCGGCCGCAGCAUCUGCAGCGACCUGAAUCGGCAUCAUCAGCUGCAGCAUCAAGCACCGCAAAUAGUAACGCUGGUGCUGGAAGUUCUGAAUCGGCAUCAUCCGCCUCAUCAUCAGCCACAUCGACCGCAAAUCAAAGGAUUUCUGAAACACAAGGAUCAGCAGCCGCAGAAUCAAGCACCGCAAAUAGUAACGCUGGUGCUGGUGGCCCCAGUGGCACUUCUGGAACACAAGGAUCAGCAACUGGAGUAUCAGCUGCAGCAGCGGCCGCAGCAUCUGCAGCGGUGAAUGAUGCUAGUGCCUAUGGAAAUAAAUAUGGAUUUGGUAAUCGCAACGGACCAAAUGGCUUCUACGGGCCUUACGGCAGUCAAAGACCCAAUUUCAAUUUAAACAUUUUAAACAGACCUGAAACGGCAUCAUCAGCUGCAGCAUCAAGCACCGCAAAUAGUAACGCUGGUGCUGGUGGCCCCAGUGGCACUUCUGGAACACAAGGAUCAGCAACUGGAGAAUCAGCUGCAGCAGCGGCCGCAGCAUCUGCAGCGGUGAAUGAUGCUAGUGCCUAUGGAAACAAAUAUGGAUUUGGUAAUCGCAACGGACCAAAUGGCUUCUACGGGCCUUACGGCAGUCAAAGACCCAAUUUCAAUUUAAACAUUUUAAACAGACCUGAAACGGCAUCAUCAGCUGCAGCAUCAAGCGCCGCAAAUAGUUACACUGGCGCUGUUGGCCCCAGAGGCGUUUCUGGAGCACAAGGAUCAGCAACCGCGGCCUCAAGUGCAGCAAAUAGUAACGCAGGCGUUGGUGGCCUCAGUGGCGUAUCUGGAACACAAGGAUCAGCAACCGGGGAAUCAGCCACAGCAGCCGCAGCAGCUGCAGCAGGUACUGACGCUAUCACCUAUGAAAACAGGUAUGGACCAGGUGGCAGCUUCUACGGGCCUUACGGCAGUCAACAACCAAAUAUUGAUUUUGUAUAUGAAGGAAGUUCUGAAUCGGCAUCAUCCGCCUCAUCAUCAGCCACAUCGACCGCAAAUCAAAGGAUUUCUGAAACACAAGGAUCAGCAGCCGCAGAAUCAAGCACCGCAAAUAGUAACGCUGGUGCUGGUGGCCCCAGUGGCACUUCUGGAACACAGGGAUCAGCAACUGGAGAAUCAGCUGCAGCAGCGGCCGCAGCAUCUGCAGCGGUGAAUGAUGCUAGUGCCUAUGGAAACAAAUAUGGAUUUGGUAAUCGCAACGGACCAAAUGGCUUCUACGGGCCUUACGGCAGUCAAAGACCCAAUUUCAAUUUAAACAUUUUAAACAGACCUGAAACGGCAUCAUCAGCUGCAGCAUCAAGCGCCGCAAAUAGUAACGCUGGUAUUGGUGGCCCCAGAGUUGUUUCUGGAACACAAGGAUCAGCAAUUGGUGCCUCAAGUGCAGCAAAUAGUAACGCUGGCGUUGGUGGCAUCAGAGGCGUAUCUGGAACACAAGGAUCAACAACUGGAGGAUCAGCCGCAGCAGCCGCAGCAGCUGCAGCAGGUACUGACGCUAUCACCUAUGAAAACAGGUAUGGACCAGGUGGCAGCUUCUACGGGCCUUACGGCAGUCAACAACCAAAUAUUGAUUUUGAUUAUGAAGGAAGUUCUGAAUCGGCAUCAUCCGCCUCAUCAUCAGCCACAUCGACCGCAAAUCAAAGGAUUUCUGAAACACAAGGAUCAGCAGCCGCAGAAUCAAGCACCGCAAAUAGUAACGCUGGUGCUGGUGGCCCCAGUGGCACUUCUGGAACACAAGGAUCAGCAACUGGAGAAUCAGCUGCAGCAGCGGCCGCAGCAUCUGCAGCGGUGAAUGAUGCUAGUGCCUAUGGAAACAAAUAUGGAUUUGGUAAUCGCAAUGGACAAAAUGGCUUCUACGGGCCUUACGGCAGUCAAAGACCCAAUUUCAAUUUAAAAAUUUUAAACAGACCUGAUUCGGCAUCAUCAGCUGCAGCAUCAAGCACCGCAAAUAGUUACGCUGGUGCUGGUGGCCCCAGUGGCACUUCUGGAACACAAGGAUCAGCAACUGGAGAAUCAGCUGCAGCAGCGGCCGCAGCAUCUGCAGCGGUGAAUGAUGCUAGUGCCUAUGGAAACAAAUAUGGAUUUGGUAAUCGCAACGGACCAAAUGGCUUCUACGGGCCUUACGGCAGUCAAAGACCCAAUUUCAAUUUAAACAUUUUAAACAGACCUGAAACGGCAUCAUCAGCUGCAGCAUCAAGCGCCGCAAAUAGUAACGCUGGCGCUGGUGGCCCCAGAGGCGUUUCUGGAGCACAAGGAUCAGCGACUGCGGCCUCAAGUGCAGCAAAUAGUAACGCUGGCGUUGGUGGCCUCAGUGGCGUAUCUGGAACACAAGGAUCAGCAACCGGGGAAUCAGCCGCAGCAGCCGCAGCAGCUGCAGCAGGUACUGACGCUAUCACCUAUGAAAACAGGUAUGGACCAGGUGGCAGCUUCUACGGGCCUUACGGCAGUCAACAACCAAAUAUUGAUUUUGUAUAUGAAGGAAGUUCUGAAUCGGCAUCAUCCGCCUCAUCAUCAGCCACAUCGACCGCAAAUCAAAGGAUUUCUGAAACACAAGGAUCAGCAGCCGCAGAAUCAAGCACCGCAAAUAGUAACGCUGGUGCUGGUGGCCCCAGUGGCACUUCUGGAACACAAGGAUCAGCAACUGGAGAAUCAGCUGCAGCAGCGGCCGCAGCAUCUGCAGCGGUGAAUGAUGCUAGUGCCUAUGGAAACAAAUAUGGAUUUGGUAAUCGCAACGGACCAAAUGGCUUCUACGGGCCUUACGGCAGUCAAAGACCCAAUUUCAAUUUAAACAUUUUAAACAGACCUGAAACGGCAUCAUCAGCUGCAGCAUCAAGCGCCGCAAAUAGUAACGCUGGUAUUGGUGGCCCCAGAGUUGUUUCUGGAACACAAGGAUCAGCAAUUGGUGCCUCAAGUGCAGCAAAUAGUAACGCUGGCGUUGGAGGCCUCAGUGAAGUAUCUGGAACACAAGUAUCAGCAACAGAGGAAUCAGCCGCUGCAGCAGCAGCAACCGCUACAGCCACAGCGGCUGAUAACACCGGAGCCUAUGCAAAUGGACGGGGCCCAGGCUAUAGAAAUAUAUAUGGACCAGGUGGUAUGUAUGGACCAGGAGGUAUCUACGGACCUAACGGCCUCUAUGGAUCUAACGGCAAUAAAGGACCACAUAUUGUUAUUAAAAACUUAGAAAGACCUGGAUCGGCGGUAUCAACUUCAUUAGCUUCCACAUCAACUGUACCAGGAGACGUUUCAGGAACACAAGAACCCGCUUCAGCUCCAGCAGGUAGUGUCAUCGGAGACGGACAAAAUGGACGGGGCCCGGGCUACUACGAACCAAGCUACAACAGAAAUUCUGUACCACUACAAGUAGAGAUCACUAACGAAAAUGAAGGUGGUUCAGCUUCUAGUUCAUCUGCAGCAAAUGCAGCAAAUAACUAUUCUGGAUCACAAGGACCAGCAACUGGAAAAUUAGCAGCAGCAGCAGCAACCGCUGCAGCCACAGCGGCUGAUAACACCGGAGCCUAUGCAAAUGGACGGGGCCCAGGCUAUAGAAAUAUAUAUGGACCAGGUGGUAUGUAUGGACCAGGAAGUAUCUACGGACCUAACGGCCUCUAUGGACCUAACGGCAAUCAAGGACCACAUAUUGUUAUUAAAAACUUAGAAAGACCUGGAUCGGCGGUAUCAACUUCAUUAGCUUCCACAUCAACUGUACCAGGAGACGUUUCAGGAACGCAAGAACCCGCUUCAGCUCCAGCAGGUAGUGUCAUCGGAGACGGACAAAAUGGACGGGGCCCGGGCUACUACGAACCAAGCUACAACAGAAAUUCUGUACCACUACAAGUAGAGAUCACUAACGAAAAUGAAGGUGGUUCAGCUUCUAGUUCAUCUGCAGCAAAUGCAGCAAAUAACUAUUCUGGAUCACAAGGACCAGCAACUGGAAAAUUAGCAGCAGCAGCAGCAACCGCUGCAGCCACAGCGGCUGAUAACACCGGAGCCUAUGCAAAUGGACGGGGCCCAGGCUAUAGAAAUAUAUAUGGACCAGGUGGUAUGUAUGGACCAGGAAGUAUCUACGGACCUAACGGCUUCUAUGGACCUAACGGCAAUCAAGGACCACAUAUUGUUAUUAAAAACUUAGAAAGACCUGGAUCGGCGGUAUCAACUUCAUUAGCUUCCACAUCAACUGUACCAGGAGACGUUUCAGGAACACAAGAACCCGCUUCAGCUCCAGCAGGUAGUGUCAUCGGAGACGGACAAAAUGGACGGGGCCCGGGCUACUACGAACCAAGCUACAACAGAAAUUCUGUACCACUACAAGUAGAGAUCACUAACGAAAAUGAAGGUGGUUCAGCUUCUAGUUCAUCUGCAGCAAAUGCAGCAAAUAACUAUUCUGGAUCACAAGGACCAGCAACUGGAAAAUUAGCAGCAGCAGCAGCAACCGCUGCAGCCACAGCGGCUGAUAACACCGGAGCCUAUGCAAAUGGACGGGGCCCAGGCUAUAGAAAUAUAUAUGGACCAGGUGGUAUGUAUGGACCAGGAAGUAUCUACGGACCUAACGGCCUCUAUGGACCUAACGGCAAUCAAGGACCACAUAUUGUUAUUAAAAACUUAGAAAGACCUGGAUCGGCGGUAUCAACUUCAUUAGCUUCCACAUCAACUGUACCAGGAGACGUUUCAGGAACGCAAGAACCCGCUUCAGCUCCAGCAGGUAGUGUCAUCGGAGACGGACAAAAUGGACGGGGCCCGGGCUACUACAAACCAGGCUACUACAGAAAUUCUGUACCACUACAAGUAGAGAUCACUAACGAAAAUGAAGGUGGUUUAGCUUCUAGUUCAUCUGCAGCAAAUGCAGCAAAUAACUUUUCUGGAUCACAAGGACCAGCAAGUGGAAAAUCAGCAGCAGCAGCAGCAAUCGCUACAGCCACAGCGGCUGAUAACACCGGAGCCUAUGCAAAUGGGCGGGGACCAGGCGUUACCUACCAACCAUAUGGUAAUCAAGGACCAAGAAAGAUCUUUAUUACAAACAAGAGUAAACCAGGAUCGGUAUCAUCAACUACAUCUACUGCCACAUCAACUGCAUCAAGAGAUGUUUCAGGAACACAAGGACCAGCAUCAGCUCCAGCAGGUAGUGUCGCCGGAGUCGGGCUAAAUGGAUGGGGCCCGGGCUACUACGAACCAGGCUACUACCGAAAUUCUGAACCACUAGAAGUAAUUAUCACUAACGAAAAUAAAGGUGCUUCAACUUUUAGUUCAUCUGCAGCAAAUGCAGCAAAUAACUUUUCUGGAUCACAAGGACCAGCAAGUGGAAAAUCAGCAGCAGCAGCAGCAAUCGCUACAGCCACAGCGGCUGAUAACACCGGAGCCUAUGCAAAUGGGCGGGGACCAGGCGUUACCUACCAACCAUAUGGUAAUCAAGGACCAAGAAAGAUCUUUAUUACAAACAAGAGUAAACCAGGAUCGGUAUCAUCAACUACAUCUACUGCCACAUCAACUGCAUCAAGAGAUGUUUCAGGAACACAAGGACCAGCAUCAGCUCCAGCAGGUAGUGUCGCCGGAGUCGGGCUAAAUGGAUGGGGCCCGGGCUACUACGAACCAGGCUACUACCGAAAUUCUGAACCACUAGAAGUAAUUAUCACUAACGAAAGUGAAGGUGGUUCAGCUUCUAGUUCAUCUGCAGCAAAUGCAGCAAAUAACUAUUCUGGAUCACAAGGACCAGCAACUGGAAAAUCAGCAGCGGCAGGAGCAACCGCUGCAGCCACAGCGGCUGAUAACACCGGAGCCUAUGCAAAUGGACGGGGCCCAGGCUAUAGAAAUAUAUAUGGACCAGGUAGUAUGUAUGGACCAGGAAGUUUCUACGGACCUAACGGCCUCUAUGGACCUAACGGCAAUCAAGGACCACAUAUUGUUAUUGAAAACUUAGGAAGACCUGGAUCGGCGGUAUCAACUUCAUCAACUUCCACAUCAACUGUCCCAGGAGACGUUUCAGGAACACAAGAACCCGCUUCAGCUCCAGCAGGUAGUGUCACCGGAGUCAAUCAAAAUGGAGAGGUACCAAUCUUUUACGGACAAGGGUAUCUUGGACAAGAUUAUUCCAGAGCGAAUGACAUUGUGAUUGUUAAUAAGAGCAAGGGUGCUUCAGUAUCAACCUCAUCUGCUGCAAGCGCUGCAGCUGUAUCAGAAGCAUCACCAGGUGAAGCACCAACUGACCUUCGACCAAUUUCAAGUUCUUAUGGAUACGGUCCUCAAGUGAUUGGAUCAUAUGGAUAUCAGGGACCACAACCUUCUAUUACUAUUAUCAAUGAAGGUGCUGCAGGAUCAGCAGCCACUUCAAGUAGUUCAGCGUCUGCUGCUGCUGUUGCUGCUUCUAGUCAAGGAAGGAAAAGAGUCCGCCAAGCUUGCCGACUUAGACGCAGCCAGUAUUCUGUUAGACUUGGCAGAAGAGGUCAACCAUGUACGACCUGUUUAUAA